GGCCAUGGGUCUCUAGGAAUAGCAGCAUAGAUAGUGGAGAAACAGAAGUUGGCCGCAGGGUCACCCAGGAAGUCCCCCCUGGAGUCUUCUGGCGGUCUCAGAUCCAUAUCAACCAGCCACAGUUCCUGAAGUUCAACAUAUCCUUAGGGAAGGAUGCUCUUUUUGGUGUUUAUAUAAGAAGAGGACUCCCACCAUCACAUGCCCAGUAUGAUUUCAUGGAACGUUUGGAUGGGAAAGAGAAAUGGAGCGUGGUGGAGUCCCCACGGGAACGUCGAAGUAUUCAGACCCUUGUUCAGAAUGAGGCUGUGUUUGUUCAAUACUUGGAUGUGGGUUUGUGGCACCUGGCGUUUUACAAUGAUGGCAAGGACAAAGAAGUGGUCUCUUUCAGUACGGUUAUUUUGGAUUCAGUGCAAGACUGCCCACGUAAUUGUCAUGGGAAUGGCGAGUGCGUAUCAGGUGUCUGCCACUGUUUUCCAGGAUUUCAUGGAGCAGAUUGUGCUAAAGCUGCCUGCCCGGUACUGUGCAGCGGCAAUGGUCAAUACUCUAAAGGCACCUGCUUAUGCUACAGUGGCUGGAAAGGUCCAGAAUGCGAUGUACCCAUCAGCCAGUGUAUCGAUCCCUCAUGUGGAGGUCAUGGUUCCUGCAUCGAAGGGAACUGUGUCUGUUCUGUUGGCUAUAAAGGAGAAAACUGUGAAGAAGUUGAUUGCUUAGAUCCAACGUGCUCCAACCACGGAGUCUGCGUGAAUGGAGAAUGUCUCUGCAGCCCAGGUUGGGGUGGAAUAAACUGUGAGCUUCCCCGAGCCCAGUGUCCAGACCAGUGUAGCGGGCACGGUACCUACCUGUCUGACACAGGUCUUUGUAGCUGUGAUCCCAACUGGAUGGGCCCUGACUGCUCCGUUGAAGUGUGCUCCGUAGACUGUGGCACUCACGGGGUGUGCAUUGGCGGAGCAUGUCGCUGUGAAGAUGGGUGGACAGGAGUGGCGUGCGACCAGCGCGUGUGUCAUCCCCGUUGUACGGAGCACGGAACUUGUAAAGAUGGGAAAUGUGAAUGCAGAGAGGGCUGGAAUGGGGAGCACUGCACCAUUGGUAGGCAAACGACAGGCACCGAAACAGGCACAUAUUGCUUUCUUUUCAUAAAUCGUAGAAACAUAGUUACUGUUGUGUAUUGUAAUAGGCUGUCCCCUUAA